ACUUUGCCGGCCCAAAUGUCAACAAGCAAGUUUUUUGGUUAGAAACGUCAAAAUUCUUUGUGCUACAACUCCAUUAUUUACAAAUAAACACAGUAAUGUGGUAACAAUGUCGAUUUUAAACACAAGUGUUACGAAACAACCCCUGAAACUGAUCGAAGUGCCUUUAAAUAAAUUCAGUGAAGAAGUGAUCCCUCACCACCAGAAUAUUUUCGAGCAGCACAAAACGCUAGUCCUCAAGUUGAUCUCGCAAAACAAUGGCCAACGCGUCCGCCAAGAGGUGAAAAACAAAAAACGAAUCGUAAAACAAUUGAAAGACUUGAUGUACGAACUGGAUACUUUAAGGGCACAAGUCGAAGACUCCGAUUUAGAUAAAUUCGACACCAAAACGCUAUCAUUUAGGAAAAUUAUCAUCACCCUCAUUUCGGGUUACACAGAUUUAGAGAAACGAAGUUUAGCAUUAGACAACCAAAACCAGGACGAUGAAGACGAGAAGAGACUCCUGCGUGAGCGGUGCCCCUUUGAGGGGGCGUCGCAAAUCCAACUCCAAGACAACCUAGAGGACAUCAAACUGAGACAACGACAAGAACUCCUAAACGAGGUGGAAACGGUUCAAAGAGACACUGAAGACUUGAACCAAAUUUUCACCCAUUUGAACCAAAUGGUUGAAGGGCAAAGGGAGCAGGUCGAGCAUGUUGAGGAAACGAUUGAAGAGAGUAAAGAAAACGUGCAGUCGGGGUUUAAACAACUCGUCAAAGCCCACAAAUUGAAAACUGCCGUUUAUCCAGUCACUGGUGCCUUCCUGGGGUCAAUGAUAGGGGGCCCUGUUGGUUUAGUGGCAGGGUUUAAAAUCGGGGGUUUGACGGCUUUAGGGUGUGCGAUAGCCGGGUAUACAGGGGGGAAAUUUUUCAAAAAAAAUCACGAAGUGGAAGAAAUUGAGGAGAAAAAGGAAGAGAGCGUGCAAAUGGAUGACAAACACGAGAAAAAGGAUAUAUGACAGUGUGUUCUUUGUUAAUUUAUUUUAAAUAAAAGACGUCUGACAAAGAUAGGAAACUAACUAUGGUAAAAAAUCGAAUCAUGUUUAUCAUCUUUUCUUAGAAAUAAAUGUCAAAUAUCGUGAAAUUUUUGUGUGAUAAUUUUUUAGGUAUUACCUAUUUGUAAGUGUAAAUAGUUCAAUAAAUUGAAUUCUAGAA